UUUCUAAAAACAUUAUUAUCAACAUUGUCGACUAUUGUGACUUCAUAAACUAACCGCUGGUCCAACCGUGCACAACAAACAUUACAAAUGAUGUAUUUGCAUAAUUAAAUCGCUCGAAAGCGGUACCGUGGGCGUAAAAGCGUGUCCUAUACUAAUCAGCGUAAUAAGUGUUGAAAAUGAAGAUUAACGAGAAGAAUUUGUGUGCGUUCGCGUCGUCGGCAACGCCGGUGGACCGGGAGGGCUGGCUGGACAUGCGAGAGGUGGGCAAGAGCUAUACGCGGCGCUGGUUCACGCUCAAAGGGAAUCUAUUGUUUUACUUCGAUAAGAACGGGGACAAGGAGCCAGCAGGCGUUAUUGUGCUUGAAGGAUGCACUAUUGAGCUAACAGAAGAGGAGGAAGCCUACAGCUUCAAGAUUGUCUUCCAGUGUGCUGGCGGACGGACAUUCUACCUGUGCACCAACUCGCAGGCCUCCAUGGAGGCGUGGAUGAAAGCCCUGGCCUGCGCCAGCUAUGACUACAUGAAGCUCAUGGUGGCGGAGCUGCAGAGGCAGCUAGAUGAAGCUGAGGCGGAGGCAGCAGCAGAGGCCGCAGCGUUAGUGACCACUCCAACAGAAGAACCUCGGGCGCCGCCGCGGGGACAGAGAUACAACCCCUUCAACAAGCUCCCAGAGAACGAGCCUAAGGCUGUACCGGGCAGCAGGCACCAUAAAGAGAACCUCCGACCAGACAUGUCCCGUAAGAAGGUCCCUUUCCGCGACAUACACACCGCCUUUGGCCGCAAGAUCCUCUUGGACCGCAGCGAGUGGCGCGCCACGCUCGCUAAGCGACAGAAAACUGUGGAAUCACCGCUUAUACAGCUGUAG